UUAUAAAAAAUUAUAAUUACUAAUUUCCACGACGUAGUCGGAAAGUAGUACUCCAAUUCCCACUAAUCAAUUUUGAACCUGAAUUUUCUGUUCGUUUCCAUGUAAAUUCAUGGAUUCAAACUCAAUUUCUCUUUCAUUUGGACCGUGAUUUAGUGUUUUAGAUACAAUUGUAUUAGAAAUGGCAGCUCUAGCUGCUACAAUUCCUCCGUGGAUCCCUGAAGACGACCUCUUAUUGAAGAACGCCGUUGAGGCAGGUGCUUCUUUGGAAGCACUUGCUAAAGGAGCGGUGAGAUUCUCGCGAAAAUUUACAGUCUCAGAAUUGCGUGAGAGGUGGUAUUCUCUCCUCUAUGACCCUGUUGUUUCAGAUGAAGCUUCUGCUCGCAUGUUGGAAUUUGAACUUUCUACCCCCAGUUCUAGGGUCAGUGUAGAGGUUUCUGCUAAGAGAAAGCGUGAAAGUGUUCGGCGAAUGUACUAUGCUAUGAAGAAGAAAACUAGUGCCCGACCUGGUAAAUCUACAAGUUUUUUUGAUGCACCAAAGGCUAGUUGUGGAGACAACAUGCCAUUUGAUAGUCCGGCACAAGGUGGAAGUUGCAUAUUUGGAGAACUUAAUCAAAACCAUUUUGGGUUUGUUGGGAAGGAAUGCUAUAAUGAACUCUGUUUGGAGGUUCCCUCUUUUGAGCAAGAUAAUGCAGGCAAAAAUAUUCCUAGCAAUGCGAGAGACAGAUUAGUUGACUUUCUGAGUGGUGACAGAGUUAAGGAAAUGGCAUUGGCACAUCCUUUGCCAGAAAGUAGUCCUUCAUUUCAUACCGAGGGACUUUCCUCUCCGCUAGCAAUAUGGGAAACGAUAGAGGACAUUUCUGCUCCUGCAAUGCCUAUUAGUGUAAGCAUUGAAGAUAAAGGUCAGCAAGAAGCAUUGAUGCAUCGUGAUGGUGUGGAAUUGGACAGUAAUAAAAUGAGUUUAUCAGGAAUGAAUGUUGUCCAUUCGGGGGCAAUGUUGCAAGAUAAACAUGAUGUUGAUGUACUUAAUAAUUCAAAUGCAAUCUCGGAAUGUGAUUAUGUGGACCUUUCAGAGUCACUUUUGAACUUUGCGAAUGAAGAUGAGCCAGUUUUAGUGGAUGCAGAUGGGAAAGACACUAUAGAUAAAUUUUGUUAUGAUGGCGCUUUGUUGAAUUCUCCUAAUGGAACUCAGGGUAGAGCACCAGAUGUUAAAGAAUCACAGACAAUAGUUUCAGAUAAAAGCCUUGGAAUUCCUGCCAAUGAAUGCCCUGAAGAAUUAGAGUCUAUUGCUGAGGGGUCACUUUCUAGUAAUGUUGAGCAGCAUGGUCAUUUGUGUUCAGAAAUCAAUUUACCAUCAUCCAUAUCAGCAGCAAAUACAUGGUCUGCAGAGAACUGUGAUGGAGAGAUGGAGUGUACAUUAAACAGUGAAGACACUGAAAUCCCUUCUAAUGAUGAUAUUUUUUUUCCUAGACAAUUUGCUUCGUCCUUGAUGAGAACAAAAUCUAAGGAGGCUUGUUUCCCAUCUUUUUCGUAUGCUAAACAAGAGCAAAGCUUGAUGAAGAAAGAAGCAAAUCCUGCACAAUCUCGAAUUGCUUCCCAGAUGACAAGGCUGGACAUGUUGCCAGUAACCAGCCCAGGUAGUCAACUCGUUGGCUGUGGAGUAAAAUGCGAAUCUCCUUAUGAUGUGGCCUCCAGACAGGCUAGCAAAGCUCCUGAAGACGCCAAUCAAUGCAGAACAGCCCAGGGUACUCUAGUUUCUGACCCAGUUGGAUUACUAAAGGCAGAGGCAUCAAAUGCAUGUAACGCCAUGGGUUUGCCAUUUUAUGCAAAACCAUGCUCCCCUAAACAAGUUACUUCAGUAGCAGAAGCUGAACCCGUAACGAUAGAUGAGGAAGAAUACGAGAGUGACAAUGAUAUUCCAUCCUAUUCUGAGAUAGAAGCCAUGAUACUUGAUAUGGACUUGUGCCCAGAUGAUACAGAUUCUUAUAUUGAUAGUGAAGUCUCAAGGUAUCAAAAUGAGGAUACCAGAAGGAUAAUUAUAAGAUUGGAACAGUGUGCUCAAUCAUCCAUACAAAGAGCCAUUGCAUCUCGGGGUGCACUUGCUGUCUUGUACGGGCGCCAUUUGAAGCAUUAUAUAAGGGAAACUGAGGUCAUACUUGGCAGAGCAACGGAUGAUAUGGAAGUUGAUAUUGACUUAAGAAGAGAAGGACCUGCCAACAAAAUAUCCAGACAGCAGGCACUCAUAAAAAUGGAAGCAGAUGGUUCCUUCUUCUUGAAGAAUCUGGGUAAGAUUCUUGUAUCUUUGAAUGGCAAAGAAGUUGCUACUGGACAGAGUAUGAGUCUUGGUUCAAAUAGUUUGAUUGAGAUUGGGGGAAUGGCAUUUGUGUUUGAAAUUAAUAGAAAAUCUGUGGGGCGGCACCUGGCAAAUGCCACCAAAAUCCGCAAACAAAACAAAUACCAAAUUUGAAUGGUCAUAAGGGAUUUCAUAAAUAGAGGAAAUCCGUCAACUGUUUCCUUUAUCUCCUAUGUUAACCAUCUUAGAUGAACAAAAAUCAGUGUUGUUAGUAGUGUACGCUUGAGUUGGAUGCACACUGUCGAACUGUAUAUGUAUAUAUAUAUAAAUAUAAUACAGAACUUCUCAUUUCUUAGACA